AUGAGCCCUGUCACGGCCAUGGACUCCGCGCUCCCCAGCACCAACUCCCCAAUGUUCAACGUCCCAAAGCUAGCCGAAGACGCCAGCAACUGGAUCACCUACAAGGAACGUAUGUUGACAGCCAUUGGUGCGAGAGGCAUGAUGCGCUAUGUCGAUGGCCAUGAAACAAAACAUACCCCAUUCAAGAUCGAUCCAACAACAAGCAUUGUUACGAAGCCUGACGGCUCGGCAGCUAUGCAAACGGAGAUCAGUGAUUUGGAAAAGGCAACAGAUGAAUUUUUUCAGAAAGACUCACUCGUCAGACAGCAGAUAUUUAGUACGAUCACCAAUCGACUAUUACUGUGCGUCCAG